AUGCUUUCCUUCUGUCUGUAUAUACACACAAUAUGGGACAUUUGUAUUCGAGAAGUUACAUUGGACUUGGCUGGAGAUGUAGCGGCUUUAGGGGAUUUCGUAACGCUGGGUGUUGGAUAUAAAGCAAAACUAGGAGUCUCUGAUCGUUCAUGUGCCCCCGCAAAACGUCAAAUCCCCGCAGUGAAACGUGAUGGAGCUGACAGUGCGGUAGAUGGCGUGCGUUUGACGGCUCUGAUUAACUUGGGUUUCUCGAUAUCGGCUUGGAUGUCCGAUGUGAAUGUGGAGGUUUCCAUGUCGGAUUUUUGGGUGGUAUUCGCGGCUGGACUCGUGAAUAUUAUUGGCGCGUGUGUUUAUCGCGAGCUAGUCGCCGAGAUCGUUCUUGGAGUGGCUGGUGCGCUCAACUUGGCGACUGCGUGGGGGAUUCGUCGGGCCUGGACGGGGAGGGGUGAGAGGGAUGGGCUGUUACCGAGCCAUCUCGAUGGGAAGCAAUGA